UCGACGAUGAAAGAGUUGUUAAAUGAUGUAGCUGUACUUAUACUACUCCAUCGUCAAUGAUAUCAUGAAGAAGAUUCAAACUAGCAAAAAUGGUCUAACAAGAUUUUGAGGAAGAUUCAAAAUUACAAAUUGUAGUUUAGUGAAUAGGCCUAGGUCGCUAGUUGUCGUGCACAGUAGGUGUAGGUGUAGCUAUGCUAUGUCGCUUCCAGCUUGAGGGCUGGGAUCAAUUGUUGAUUUGUUGCUCUGAGUCCCACUUGAAUACAAUUCGAUUCUAUGAAGUUACUUCUUUAUUUUUUUUUCUCCAUUGUCAAAAUGAACGAUGCAAAAUCGGAACACCGACGACAACAAGAAGGGUCGAGGAAUACGAAAGCAGAUGCGAGUACUACAAAGUCUUCUGCAACAACCUCCAAUUCUAAUGACAAGGAUGCGACAAGUUCUAGGACGAAAAAGAAGAAAGUAGGUUCCACUAGUUUAUCUUCAAGUACGAGUACUAGCGGAACGUCUCCGCAAGGACGACACUCGUUUUUAGCAAGACUACCUGGUCUCCCAUCAAAUUACAUCUUGCAACAGUACUUGCCGAGUCUAAAUCUAGUGAUUAAGAUACUACUCUACCUGAUCGCGCUUCUGGUAGUUUUGGGUGCGCACUGGGGUGUCGGUGUGUGGGUGAAGCAGACGCAACUAUGGAGUCGUUAUCUCUUUUGGUGGUUCCCAACGCCGUUACCGAAAGAUCAUCGUCGCAAGACUACGGCCGGAGGUGGAGACUACCCUGCUUCGUCUGCAUUUUCAGGUGGAGACGGUUUUCCACCGUUGUUCUUUCAGGACGAUGCACCUGUUGAGAACAAUAUUGACUUCGAAGGACAAGGAGGUGCAGCUGGGGGCGAGUAUCUGCUUGACGGAAUGGUUCGUGAUAGCGAAGAUUAUUCGCCCUUAAUGAUGCAUGCAGUUACGGGGAGCAAAUUUUCUUUCGUGCGGAGCUUGAUGUUGCAAUUGUCGUCCGCUAUAACGGACUUAUAUGAACAAAAAUGGAAAGGUAACUCUGCAGAGACAUCAUGGACAACUUCUACAAAGCCUUCAUCAAGUCGGGUCGCGGGUGUGCAUAUUGAAAAAAGCACAACCAGCUAUGACGCCUCUCUGUAUACUCGCAAGCGUACUACAAGUGCAAAAGUUGUGGACGACAAGGAAAGUAGGAAGUCAUCUGCCUUGCACCAAACGGAGUUGGAGGGUGUCAGUGUUGAGGAUCACAUUCACUUUGUGCCAAGGUCAAAUGCUUUCAAUGGUACAUUUGCAGAUUUGACAAAGCCACUGGGUCCAGAAGAGACGCCAUUCGAAGAAGAAGACUCAAGCUUGGUGAAAAGCGAUUUUUGUGAAGAAACAACGACUGACGGUAAUAUCCAGACGAAUACAACUAGCACAGAUGGAAAACAAACAGGCCGCGGAGAAGAUACUCCGAGGACAAUUCCUUCACGGUAUGGGUGUGAACCCCAAGUCGACAGGCAAUCCAACGAACGACAUGUAUUCUCUCUGCCAGGGUUGCCGUCAUGCGAGACAAAAGGUAAGCGCUUCUUUUGUCAUCGAAACAAACACCGCACGUGGAGUGGAUACCCUCGACUACUGCACCGGUACGAGUGCCAAAGUAAUGAGCAAGAGAACAACAAGCAGGUUGCCACGACACUUCCAGGGUCCCUAAAGGUUUAUUUUCGACUUCGAGUGCCACUGUCCAAGUCUGCUGUCGGGGGAUCCGACGAAGGUGUAGAUGAUGUUGAGAUGGAGUACAGCAACAAUAUCCCAGCGAAGCCAGAAUGCGUUUGCAUUCCGCUUUCUGUACAGAAAACCUGGGGACGGAAUGCUGUGAGUCCUCCGUCUGUACGGGGAAGACCUCAGAAAAAACAAGAUGGUGCAACAACCUCGGUCUUUUUCACACGCGAUGGCGAUAAUCUUCUGAGUGCAGAGCAUUCGAGCAGUAAAACAUCGACAGGCGGAAUAUCUUCUUGGCGGUACCUUCGUGGGGUAGAUGCAACUCCUGGCUCAAAGGGUCAGAAGCACGCAGAUGCGUCGGCGCAAACUUCUAUUGAUCUUGAAUACACGGUGAACAAUCAGAAAGGGCCUGCAUUUGAUAAAUCGAGAAUAUCCACAGUCGAAACAGAUAAGGACCAUCCGAUAGACGCACUACCAACGUUGAUGAUGCUCUACCGAUUGUCCCGUCUUAAGGGAUGCAGACAUGACGAUAGGACAUGCUGAUUUGAACCCUGGGGGGAUUCUUGAGCAACCUCGUUGUGUGAAAAAGUUUCCCUGCGUUGUUUGACCAUUAGGGCUGUUUUUCAAUGCGAGCGUAGAU